AUGAACAAGCACAAUCAUAUGAUACAAGAUCAAUCUAGCUUUAAACGACUUAAAAUUGACGAAAAUAAGAAAACCAUACCACUGAAAAAUGACAAGAGAGGGACAUACCGUUAUCAGAACGAGCGUAUCAACUCCCAAAGAAGUGUGAGUUCAGGAUUUAUAUCAAAGAAGAAAGAUUCACAAUUUCAGAAUAAUAACAGAAGAGUUCAAUCACUAGAUAUAAAAAAUGCAGCGAAUGACGAAAUAAAAUCGAUAAGAAGCUGGUUAGACUAUUAUAAAUUGUUUGGAAAUUUAACAUCUAAUAUAUGGAGCUUGUUUGCACGCUACGAUAACAAUAGUAUUUUGCAUGAAUCUAUUCAUGACGGAUUUUUAGAUUCUGAUCAGAAUGAUAUACAAGUGGAGAAGACUGUUAACGCUUUUUUGAAGAAUGAUAAGAAAUAUAAAGAUGGAAAUGGAAGAUUUAAUUGGGACAAAUGGCAGCCAGCUACUCUUCCCAAUCUGAGUAGCAAAUAUAAACGAUAUUCAAAUGAUGAAGUUCCGAUAAAGCAACCUUAUGGGUCCACAUUUUUACGCAUGAAAAGAACAAGAGAAUAUUAUACAAGUUCGCAGAAGAAACUAUCUCGAAGAUCACUCUUGUUGAACCAAUCUGAUGAAAUUAGUUAUUUAAGGAUGAUUUUCAAUAACGAUACUGAUAUCCCAAAGCUUUUGAAGAAAGAAAGAGAAAAUCAAUUAUUGUUAAUUAAAGAAGAUAGAUAUAUAAAAUCUGAAAUUAAGUCCUCGAUACGUGAGUUGACUGACAAAAUAAAACACAUAUGGCUUGAUAGGAAAACUAAAACUAAAAAUUCUACAUUAGAAGCAACAUCAGAUGAUCUGGUUUUUCUUAAAGAAUUUAAAACUGAAAAUGAGGUGAAUGAAUCAAAAUUAAAGAUUACUGACAAUCUUAAAUUCCAAAUAUAUUUGUCAAAUUAUCUAACAGAAACGAAUCUGACUAAACGAUUCUCUAAGUAUGAAAAUCCUGAAUACGAUUAUAAAAGGAAAUUAAAAAUUAAGUCAUCAGUGAGUUUAAUUCCAAAAGUAUCUGCAUAUGACACUAAUAAAAUAAAGACCAUAUUAGAGGAAAAGUAUGAUAGAGUUUUAUCUGAUGGAUUAAUAGCUAUAAAUCUUAGGGACUUCAAAACCCUGGCAAAUAACAGAUGGAUAAAUGAUACAAUUAUUGAGUUUUAUAUGAUGAAGAUUGAGUCAACUAUUCCAAAUGUAGUUGCGUUUAACUCAUUUUUUUAUGAGAAUUUAUUUAGCAAAGGUUACAAUGGAGUUAGGCGAUGGAUGAAAAGGAAGAAGGUUAGUAUUAGUCAAUUGGAUAAGAUAAUUGUACCAGUCAAUUUACACCAGACACAUUGGGUUCUAGCAGUAAUUGACAUGCAAAAGAAAAACAUUUCAUACGUUGACUCACUAUCAAAUGGACCGACUACAAAUAGCUAUAAUAUCCUGCAAUCUCUUCAACAAUAUGUCAUUGAAGAGAGUAACCAACAACUGGGAAAAGAUUUUAAGUUAGUUUUUGAAAAGUCUCCUCAACAAAUAAAUAGUUAUGAUUGUGGUAUUUAUCUUUGUCUUAAUUCAAUCUAUAUGGUCAACGAUCUACCGUUAACGUUUAGUCAUACAGAUGCCGUAAAUAUGAGGUUGCAUCUGGGAACAAUGAUUCUAAAUCCAUGA